AUGGGCAAGUCUGGACGUUACUUCUUUCGGUGUUUUUCGAAUAGCAGCGCUGGUGGUCUUAUCUCCGGCAAAGGCUGCAGAGGUAGACGACUCUCAGAAACCGACCUCCAUUCUGAAUACGUUAAUCACGUGCUACUACGCGCGACGGUCCCAACUGCCCUGAUCUCCGUAAGUAGCCGCAUCAUCGAUACUCUUCGACGGGCUUUCAACAAAUUAUAUGAAGAUGAGGAGAGCCCCGACCAGAUCUGGAUCACUUUUAUCUAUGUACCCGAUACAGAUAAGGAUGUCUAUCAUCAUGCGGAAGAUCUGGCCAAGAAAUGGAAUUAUCCAGACAACGGGAAACUCCGAUACGAGUAUAUCUUCACAUGGGAGAUCCCAGAAAAAUAUCUUAUCCACAAAGUCUCUGUUGAGACUCUCAUAAAACGCGGACUCGAUAUGAAAGGAUACCUUUUGAACGGUGCACUUCCACGUACAUCGAUACUUCGGCAAGAAGUUGUGAGAAAAAUCCUUGACCCAUCCAAUGGUGGAUAUGAUAUUGGCUUGAGCUUAGGAUUUCUUGCUCGUUGCUUUGGAGCCCGUGCGCCUAUACGGCUUUAUACGAUUGGUGGCUCGCGGAUUCUGAUUUCUUCGACGCGUAUGAAGAACAUCGUGCUUGGGCUUCGCAAAUUGAGGAGGAUAUGGAAAGAGAAUAGGAUUUCUGGCGUGAUGCAUUAUGCGAUGAGUUCAUGGACGGUGACAUUGAUAUUGAGAGAUACAGGAGAGAUGAGCAGCGACUUCAAGCCAAACAAGAUCAGGUCGAUACAGAGAUGGAAAAUGCUGUCAUUAGGCUGGGCUUAUCACCCUUAUACUUCAACGCUGUCCUAUAUUAUCCGCGCCACUGGGGCCCUCCAUGGCGCUGGCUCUAGCUCUGGCUUUGGUAUUGGCGCCCUCAUCCACGUCACUUCAGUCUCAGGGCCUGGCACAUCCUCCUCUAGCGCAGGACUCUUGCGGUUACGACCGUGUUUUGCCUUCGAGGUGUGGCCGUCAAAAUGCGGCGCCGUUGUACCUUCCCGUCGUGCCCCUCGUCGUUCAGUAGCGGCGAGGAAGUGUCGACCCCUAAAGAUCCACUUGAGAGUUCCUAUCCUGGUGCCGUUUAGUAGCAAUAACUCCUCUCACCCGUCUCUUCUCCUCCGAGUCUACAUUGGCAACCUUCCCGCACCAACUCAACACACGAUCCUUGUGCCAUCGAAAAUGGCGAGAAAAAAGACCUCCCUUAUGUUUCCAUCGCUCCAUCAGGACGUCGUAAACGCCGUCUCCGACAACAUCACCUCAACGUGGUUCCACAAAAGCGAUAGCGACAUAGAUUCCAACAACGAUUACUCGACCCACGUCAUGGGCAGGUUUAUAUGCAACAACAAUACCUGUUCUACUGAAGGCUGGAGCAGCAAGAUGGUGGCUACACUGAUAAGAGGAUAUCCCAGUAAUGGGUAUACCGCUGUGAUGUUCAAUCAGCGUUGCAAGUCCUGCAAACAGCUAGGCACCUUAACAAUAAUGCUAUUACCAUACAAAUUCUAG